AGCGCACCGUAACCUCCAUAAAACAUUACAGAAGAAGAAAGGAAAUUCAACAUGGCGGCCGACAAAUCUACUAAAGAAAAGCUGUUGUCUGUACUAAAUGAUAUAGAAGUGCUAUCCAGAGAGCUGAUAGAGAUGCUUGCAUUGUCUCGAAACCAGAAGCUUCCCCAGCCUGGAGAGGACACUCAGUUGCUGGAGUUGCUGGUGCAGAGGGACAAAGAGUUCCAGGAGCUGAUGCGGACAGCCUUGAGACAGGGCAGGACCCAUGAGGAGAUGCAGAAGCUGGAGAAAGAGGUAGACAAGAGGGAUGGUGACAUCCAGCUGCUGCAGAAGCAGCUCAAAGAGGCGGAGCACAUCCUGGCCACUGCUGUAUACCAAGCCAAAGAGAAACUCAAAUCUAUUGAGAAGGCGAGAAAAGGCAGCGUCUCUUCGGAGGAAAUUAUAAAGUACGCACACAGGAUAAGUGCCAGUAACGCAGUGUGUGCUCCUCUGAAUUGGGUCCCAGGUGAUCCACGGAGGCCGUAUCCCACUGACCUUGAGAUGCGUAGUGGAAUGCUUGGGCAUAUGUGUAACCUGCCCACCAAUGGUGUAAAUGGCCACCUGCCUGGUGAUGCACUGGCUGCUGGGAGAUUACCAGAUGUACUGGCCCCUCAGUACCCAUGGCAGUCUGCAGACGUUGCUAUGGCGAUGCCUCCACCACCUCACCACGGUAACGACCUCGGCUUGGAGUUGCCAGGGCAUAAUAAGGAGAACGAGGAUGACGUGGAGGCCAUGAGCACAGACUCGUCCAGUAGCAGCAGUGAUUCAGACUGAGAAAGGCAUGCAUGCAUGAGUGAGGGGCAAAAUAAAUACAAAAUUCUCCAAAAGGACUUGGUGUAAUCAGGCUUCAUAACCAUAACUGAAGACAUUUUUACAGUUGUUAUUAUUAUUAUUUCCACUCCGCUUAAACCAUCCUGACCUCAGCCAUCUGAAAACAUCUCAUAGUACCAAGCUAAAACAAUACAACAAAUGUAAUUUGCAGCUGGUUUUAUACGCAUCAGCUGUAGAUUUUUAUUUUACUUCUUGUUACUAUACACAAAAAGCACCACUUUUGAGUACCUCUGGAAUUAUCUCCCACUUUUUUUGUCAAAAUUCUGUUUGCUUGAAAGCGUGGAUGUGAAGAUUGGCUUAGUUUGAUGGACUUGUAUUUCAGUAUAAUGUAGGCUCUUGUAGAGAUGCUGCAAACCUUUACUGCAACUCAGCAGUUGUGUAAAUAGAGCUGUAUAAAUGUUUGGGUUUCAGACCUUGUAAAUAAAGAUUAUUUGAUAAAA